CACGAUGAUUGCCCAACGUGCUCCAUAUGUCUGCGCGCAAUGCACGGCGCAGAUCUCCCGCUCUUCGAGGAGUCGCUUUCCACAGUAUGUGCGAGCACAUCUUGGCGGACAAUCGCGUCAAUAUAGCCAGGUGGUGCAAAAUGAGAGACCCUUCCGCGUCGCCGUCAUAGGAUCGGGCCCGGCCGGCUUCUAUGCUGCCUAUCGCUUGCUAGCCAAGGUGGACCAAGCUGUAGUCGAUAUGUACGAGAAGCUGCCUGUCCCGUUUGGACUGGCCCGCUAUGGCGUCGCCCCUGACCAUCCUGAGGUCAAGAAUUGCGAAGAUAAAUUCACCGAAGUCGCAACAUGCCCGCGAUUUAACUUCAUCGGCAACAUCGAACUGGGCGCAUCCCUCCCUCUUAGCACGCUCAAGCCCCACUACGACGCCAUCCUCUUCGCAUACGGUGCGCCCAAGGAUAAAGAAUUAGGCAUCCCCGGUGAGAAAGAGUCGCGCAAUGUCUACUCCGCGCGCGAGUUUGUUGGAUGGUACAAUGGCCUUCCCGAGCAUCGGGACUUGGCACCAGACCUGACCGCCGGAGAGAAUGCUGUGAUUGUAGGGCAGGGCAACGUGGCUCUGGACGUUGCUAGGAUCUUGCUGUCAGAUAUCGAUGUCUUGCGCAAGACGGAUAUAGCGGAAUACGCAGUUGAGGAGCUCCUGAAGAGCAAGAUCAAACGUGUUCGCGUUGUCGGCCGCCGAGGACCAAUGCAGGCCGCUUUUACCAUCAAGGAGCUUCGCGAGCUUCUCCAGAUGCCGUCUGUAGCGUUUGACCCGAUCCCCAAAGAUUUGUUCCCGCCAGAAGACAUCAUGUCGGCACUGCCUCGAGCCCAGAAGCGCCUGGUACAGCUCCUCGUCAAGGGGUCCACGAAUGACCCAUCCACGGCCCAGAAAAGGUGGUCGCUAGAUUUCCUCCUCUCCCCUGAAAGCCUUCACACGUCGCCAGAAAGCCCCGACCGACUCUCCCACGUAACCUUUGCCAGAAACCAGUUGGGCGCAUCCGACCCAUACCUGGGCAGUGCCAAAGUUACACCUCAGUACCUUCCUAACGGCGAGAGAGCGACGGUCGAUCUCCCCUCGGACGCCUUCUUCCGCAGUGUCGGAUACAAAUCGUUGGCGUUGCCCGGGAUGGAAGACCUGGGAGUCCAGUUCGAUGCGCAGCGCGGGGUGAUUCCCAACGACGGAUUCGGGAGGAUCACCAGCCGCACAGACACGGGGAAUCGCCAAGAGCUCCCAGAUGGCUCGAUCAUCUCGCACCUGCCCGGGCUCUACUGCGCUGGCUGGGCCAAGCGCGGUCCCACGGGCGUGAUUGCCACCACCAUGACGGAUGCAUUCACGACGGCGGACGCGAUCGCCGCCGACGUGAAGGCCAAGACCUCCCUCAACGCCCCCAACCAAAGCACCGGGCUUGGCUGGGAAGGCGUGCGUCCGGAGGCUGAGAAGCGCGGCCUGCGGACAACGACCUGGGAGGACUGGCAGCGGAUCGACCGCGCCGAGCGCGCGCGGGGCCAGGAGAAGGGGAAGAUUCGCGACAAGUUCGGGCGUGUAGAGGAGAUGCUGGAAGUAGUUGCAUGAACGUGAUGAUUAUCUAGACCUGUAGUAUAGAAUAAAAUAACUCUCU